AUGGGAGGGACCGCAAAACUUACGAAUAGCGGGUACGCUCGCUAGUAAUGCGGCUUGUCGCAAAAAGAGCCUCGAUCUGCCUAAACCAAACGCGAGGAUUGCUCAGUGUAAACGGUGGCAGUUUAAAAGAAAGGGUGUUAAUGUCGAGUGAGUCUUUUUGGGAGUUGUCACUGGCCAUGGUAAAUAAAAAAAGGUUCGGAAUGCAGGAAAAAGCGGGGCCACCAAUUUUGUAGUGAAACGUGGACUUAAAAACUACAAACAGUAAUAUAAACAGGAAAACUAACUCCAAAUGGGGAAUUUUGUUUACCAACAAAAAAAGAUGUACAGAUUCGAAGAAUCUGAAAAGGAAUGUUCCAGACUCACGCAAAGUAGAAUCCUCUCAAGCAGCGAGAGAGCAUUCCGAUGAGGAACCGGUUGAAUAGAGGCCGUCGGUUCCGCGAUGAUAUGGUGAAGUAGGCUUGUGAGGAGAGAGUCUCCGUCAGCUCAUACGAAUUGCUAUGAAUGUUGAGAGGUUUCAAACGAGGGCCUAGAAAUAACGACAUCAAGCACACUGGAAACCAGAACACACGUUGACCGCCGCAGAGUUUUUUUUGUGUAUUUCCGUUUAGUCAAACAAAUGUACUGGAAAGUCAGAUGUAUAAGAAAGUGUAGUGAAACAAAUCAAAAAUGUACAAAAGCCUACAAAAGGGAGAAAUGCUAACCGGAACGCUACAUACCGUCUACCGACCGUCCAAACGCCCUUCUUUUUAGGAUUCCUCUAGGGCGUCCAGUAUUGAUCCUUAGUUAUAGUAACAGAAAUCUGAAGGAAAUGCACUCUUCAUUCAUGAUUUGGGCGUGCACUCGCAGUCCAGGAACUUUCUGCCAGUCACUUUAUUGAGUCCGAGUCAACGUGUUCUCAUCCUUUAGUUCUUUCGCGUUACCCGCCAAGUUACCUAUCAGUAGGUUUUAAUGGAACACAAUUAUCCACUACAACUUGGAUAACCACGUAGAUCCUUGCAGGAAGGGACUCUAAAUUACCCGGAAAACGGAAUAUUUUGGACAUUCUAAUACUUGGCUUCUGAAACUUGAGCAGUCGCGUUAAUCACAGCCUCCUCAAGCGGGUGAGUCGGGUCUCCUGGCUUGUCACGUGUGUGACGCUUGUUUUGUGUAUUUGGACAAAUAAUACAUCAAAUCGAAGUUAUUAGCGCUGAAAUUCGUUCUGUGCACAAGGUUCUCAGGAUGACUGAGGGGGAACAUGUCGCUCCUUCGCCCUUAACCGGAAUUGGUGAAAAGUCCAAACCCUCCAACGCAGACCAGACAUCAACAGUGGACCUUUUAGAUGACGCCCAGUUCAAUAUCAAAAUACAUUUGUCUCCAUCCGAGAUUGUUACCCUUCAGGUUAACUCAUCGGAGAUCGUUCAAGAAAUACAUCAUGCCCUCACGGAACGUGAGGAAUCUUGCCAUCGCACAUGCUUCUCCUUGCAGCUCAAUGGCAACACUCUUGACCUGUUUGCUGAUUUAAAAUCCAUCGAAGGCCUUACCGAAGGCUCUGAAAUAUAUGUCGUUGAAGGUAAAUGUUUUACAUAUUUUACUCUGUAGAACGCUAUACCACUCGCGAGGUGCGUAAUCAUGUUAAACAUAUCAACGAACUCCUCAACAGCAUCAAGGUUCGCGAUGCUUAUGCUGGCCGCGAUCAGAUGUCCCUGUCUUUUUUGAGCUCCGUCACAAUGGGAGACAUCUUUGGUAAUUCCCGACAUUUGGGUCCAUUUUCCAUUCGCAUAAUAUCUUAAUCUAGUCAGCCAUAAUAUGGUAUACUUCCUUUCGGCCACGGUUACGUGUUAGAUUUCAUUAAUCAAAGAAAUAUUUUUUGCCAUAAAAUUCUACCAGUUGUCACGAAUCCCCUUCGUUUAGAGCGCAAGCCCUCGAAGUCCGAUGCCAGCAUCAACUUCCAUCCUCCCACUUACAUAAUGCCUACACCGGGUCUUUCCGAGCCGCCUUUAGUGCCGCUCCAUCCAUACAAUAAAGAAGAUAACGCGUUAACGUGUCUUCGGCAGCUAAAUUAUAGCAACUGGAACCCACCACCGCCUCCGCGCCGCCUAGCCGGUGACUUGGUCUACCUCGUUGUUCAUACACUGGAAGACAAGCGUUGUCACAUAACUGCCUGUUCCCGGGGAUUCUUUGUCAAUCAGUAAGUAAUUUUUUUCGAUCUUAGACGAAUGAGCAUAGUAUUGAUAAGGGUCGCCCUUUACUUGACUUCGAUUUUUUGCCCUGCCUCUAGAACCACCGAUGAUGUUUUCAACCCGAAGCCUGUACAAAACGCCUACGUUGCUCAUUCCCUCAUUGAUCUACUGAAACAGCUAAGUCCAGCCUUCAAAAAAUCCUUCGAAAAUCUUUUGAAGCGUCGAUCCAACAAGCAUCCGUUUGAACGAUUCCCUACACCCUACCAGGUUUAUUCGUGGCUCAGUCCUCAAUGGGAACAUACACCCGAUUCUGUACGCAAGGAUGAAGGUUUGUCUUGCUCCACGUUUUGGCUUUAAAUCGCCAUGGGAGUAAACGUCUCACAUAGUUUCUCUUUUUCAACAGCCUUCGCCUCGCGCAUGGCAUGCGAAGAAAAUCUGCCUGGCCAAACUCGCGACUGGAAUGAUGAACUGCAGGCUACCCGCGAGCUCCCGCAGGCCGCUCUUAAUGACCGGUUGGUGCGGGAUCGUGCCAUCUUCAAAUCCAACAGCGACUUCGUUGCGGCUGCCACGCGUGCAGCUGUCAGUGUUGUGAACGGUGACAUAAUGGCCAUAAACCCUGGAGAGACUCGAAAACAACAAAUGUUCAUCUGGAAUAACAUGUUCUUUUCAUUGGGCUUCGAUGUAAAAGACCACUACAAAGAAUUAGGGGGUGAGGCUGCCGCAUACGUUGCCACAGUGAGUGAAUUUCAAUUAACUUCCGCUGUGCUCAGGCACUCUUAUAUUUUUUAAUACCACUGUCCCACCUUACUGCUGCGCCUAAGUAAUUGUAUUCUAAGUCAAAGGAAAACCAACAAAGUCGGCUGUGUCCAACCUCGGGCCCGAAAUGCCUGGGACACUGGCAAAUUAUUCCAAAAAAUCGACAUGCGCGCUCUAAAACACGCAACGUAGCUCAUAUUCAUGCAACAUUAGCAGCUGAUUUGACAGUCUUAUUGUCAACGUUUGACUCGUUUGCACUUGCAUACCACAACGGUAUCUAACUGAACCAAUUAUUAAUCUCUUCUGUAGUCAAAUGACCUGAAUGGUGUUCGUGCAUACUCCCUCCUUGACCAGCCGGGUCUGUGCACGCUUGGAACAGCCAUUAUUGACUAUCGUGGCUAUCGGGUCACUGCGCAAACUAUAAUUCCAGGUGAGUUUUUGGAAGCAUUGCCAUCUGUAGUGAGAUCUUUCAGCUAAACCAAAAGACCCAUUUGUAAUCCACAUAUCCAAAUAACGGAGAUGAUUCAACCAGAUAUCCUUUUUCUACAAUAUUCCGACCAACGUUUUAAAGUAAUUUUGUUGCACCCACCUGGGAGAUGACAGGACUCACACUCGAACUCCUCAUCCGUGACAGCAACGAAUAAGUUCGGUGAAUACACAAGGGACGCAGUUACUACACCAGCAGACAAAAUUAACAGCUUCCUCAUUUAAUGUACAUGAUAGGGCUUGCUGCGAUGGCCAUCUUAUCAUCGUGACCGAGGCGUUUUUUGCCGCAAUUUCUUUGUCGGUGUUGGUGACUGACGCGACAAUUACUCGGCGAUGUGGUUCAUCAAUAUUGUCACUGGAGGUAAUAUUCGCCCGUGCGCUUCCCGGGCGACAAUUUACUAUGUUCAGGCAGUCUUGGCAUUGAAUUUGGAAAGAAAGCGGCUGACGGCUUCCUGGGCGUUCUUGUCUCACGGAAACGCGCGCCGACAUUCGCAGCCAGUGUAGUUUGGUCUCGUCUGUGCACGCACGAGUUUCACGGGCAGCCGUUCAUUCUGUGAAUCCCUCGAAGGUAUUGUCGUCUACCAACAUUGACUUCCAGUCCAUCGCAGUGCUGUUUAAUGUGCCGAUAGAGCGCGCUUGCACAGCUAAGUUUUUUGGCCCGCCAAGUGGUUGCUGCUGAGGCUGAGUGCUUGCAUCGUCUGUCGUUUUUUCUAAAUACCGGUUUUUGGGCCUCCACGAUCUUUUUGACUGACAAAAAGACCAAGGUAGGUAGUCAGGUUAUUUUCCUCCUCCAUCGUGGAUUGGAGGAUGUCAUCACUUGAUUCCAUCCGAUGCCAACGAAGGUAAUCACUACAUACCCAGUCAAAAAUUUCAGCGCGUGGAUAUGGAAGAGCAUUGAUUCCAGCUGUUUCAAGACCGUCUCGCUUGUGAGCUCAACGAUCACCGGACUUAUUCACGUACCUCUCGUACGGUCGUAGUUUAUAUCACCAAACGAUAACUAGAUCCUUGUUGCGGACUGGGGCUUCUGGACAGGACAGUCUGCCCCUAGAAGGCCAGGUGAUUACUGGAGCAUCGCCAGUUCUGUGCCCAACGGGAAUCUAAUCCCAUAGAAAUGUUGACACGCGAAAUAGCUUUCUGUUACGGAAGUGGCUGAGGGCCGCUGUUGCCUUUGAAUAAGUUUGACAAGUGAGAUGUUUUACUACUAGCUUACUGUCUCAUCUGCGAAAUGUUAAUUCGAACAGAACGAAGGUGGCGAAGUAUGCAGGCUUUAAUGAUGUCACUCAUUUAAUGACCUAUUUAGUCGUCUGCAGUCAUUGGAUAAUCACAAACUAUCAGUUCGGUAGUAGAACAGCCCAGGGUACCUAAACGGAACAUGUACAUAAAUAGUAAGGAAUUUUGUUUGGACAUGCGGGUAGGCCUAGUUCGAAAGGUGGGAAGGGCUGAUAGGGGGAGGGAGUUUUGAUUACAACGGAGACUAGUCAAGCGUGGCGGGGGCUACAUGAGAUGAAACAUUAGCCAAUCACGUUGGAACUGGGGAAACAAGACGGAACGGAGUUAUUUCUCUUACUGACUCUUAAAUGGAGUGUGACUGAGUCAAGUGGUCCAACUGUUUACACAGUUCUGCUUUCUUCCGUAUUGCUGCGGCCUCUGAAUAGCGCAGGAGGCUUCCAGCCCUCGCCUGAAUUAGAACCUUGGACGCUGCUGUUGUGCGGUUGAGUUCCUUUGCGUUGUGUUUUCUAUUCCUUGCUCAAUUUCGGUAUAUGUAUAACCAAUCGAGUUACCAACCACCUUUGCAUGCACUAGGUAUAUUUGAAUCUGCAAUUACCUGUCAAUUCAUAGGUACAGUGUGAUUUAACGUGCAUAGGCAAGGAAUCCUGAAUUGGCCUCAUUAGAAUAGUUGUUGUGGCGCUUAGGAGCGACAAGUUAAAGACGGUGAUGACCCUUCAGUCGUGUGCCAGAGCCAUCACUUUAUUAUGUUUGAUGUAGUGUCGCCCUUGAAAGGGAAGUGGAUACUAAUAGGCUUUUUGUCGUGGACAUCUCUGAUGGAAUUUCCGCUCCAGGAUGGAGAUAUUUAUCGGCAAAUUUCUCCGGACACCCACUCCUACAAAAUAGAACUUUGACGAAAUUUCUCUCGCAAUCGAUUGUUUUUAGAAAGCAAAUUAUAGUAGCUCGACUGAACAGUUUACGCGCUUUUCCACACAGGCGGUGACAAUGUUUUUUUUUUUUUACCAAAAAGUGUUCACAUUUCCGGCUAAGUUCGACUCGGCCGUCCGCUACUUGCACUGCCGUAGUGUGUUUGUAUGCACCAGAAGUUUAAACUUCCGAAAACCUACUCAAUGCAGUCCAUAAUUUACGUUACGUUAUAAAUAAGCUUGUUUGUCCUCCAUUCUUCCGCAAUAUAUAUUCGAUGUUUUUCUUUUCGAUGUAACUUCUUUCGUAAACCCGAGAACAACCAUUUUUCCACCCCUUACAUAACAGUCGUUACCAUCGGCCGAGAUUAGUUUUCCCAUUCCGAAGAAGCAUCUUGUCAAUUCAUGGAACGAGGCGUGUUACGUAGGUUUUGCGUCAGCCAUGGAAUGAAGUAGAGGUCGCAUUGCCCAGCGUAGUCCCGCUUUCAGCAACCUUCCUGUCCAAAACGUUAUUUUCUCACCAAACUGUCCUUUAUGUUCUUUAACCAAAAGUGGAACUGGGAACCAGUGCGCACACACGCCCUUCAAAUCGACCAAGUUCGAUUCUCUUAUCCUCAUCCGCACCCCGCCCUUAGACUAGGCAGUCAGCUCCCAAGGCGGAAUUACUUCCUGGUGAAUUUACACCUCACAAAGGAUAGAAUAAUAUCUUGCCUCGCAACCGGUUCGGUAACAGUUCCACCGUCGUUACUUACGAUUUCCAUUGUAUGUCCCACAGCAUCGUAGGCGGAGGGUUGGUGGCUUGCGCGUGAAUUAGUUUGUAGUGAUGGUGGACUUGCAUUGCAUCUAUCGCACUUUCUCAUUCCCCAUCCAUCUGAGCCCGAUUUCAAGAAGACCGGUGGCAGGAUCAGUCGCAGUGGCCAAAAAAUCGAAACAGUGCAUCUGCGCAUGCCACACAUUUGAUCCGCGCACGAUAAACCAGUUGUCACGAAGACAACGAAGGAACGGCUUGGAUUCCUACUGAGUGAGGGUACCAUAAAGACCACAUUUAAAAGGGGCUAUUGCAACGUGACCUUGCGUUCUAAGAGGAGGACCAAGUUAUGUCAUCAGUUGGCAACCUUCUAAGCCACGGCUUCAACCACACCGUGAUAGUUUAGAAGUGUGUCAGAUCGUUUGUAGUGAGGAAUAUGCGCCGGGCGCCAUGGAGACGGAGUCCCCGGAGUCAAUCUACCUCCCAUCUGCCGUGCAUCGGUCCAUCGUCCGAGCAGGUCAGCCAUCUGAUCUAUGGAUUGGGCGCAGUGGCCGAUAGAACCAGAGGACCCCUCUUCGCAUGCCACACAUGACCUGUCCCCGCACAACAUUCCAGGAUUUCACACAAUGGGUGUGAGCUGCUCAGAUCUCAUGCGUUAGAGUAGCAUAUAAGACCACAUGGAGGAGACGAGGCGGUUCGCUAAUGUGACGCUGGUCGCCGAAUUAUGGAUGGACAGACAACAGUGAGAUCCUGCAUAUCCUAAAUUCCUCUUCGAUAAUUUACUUCUCGGAUAAAAUUGGAUGAAAUUGUCGACUAUUCGACUAUUGUAUUCUGUACUUUCGUUUUUCGGCGCGCUGCAUGACUUAUGGAGUUGUUUAAGGGGUGUGAAAUGAGUCGGAUCGCCACCCUUGCUUACUGUUAUUUUUUCUUUGGGUAGCUGAACUGAUUAAGCAGCUAUUGAUGCGCAUGCUGCGAAUCCAUAAACUAUAAAACAUUUUUUGAGGACCCUUUCGAAACGCGUGCUCUAAUUUUUGACGUGAGAUGAACAUUACAGAAUCCAAAACCGUAAAGGAGCGCUGAGGGCGGGCGCAGCCAUAUUUUCUGUCAGUGCUGACGUUUGCGGUUUUUCGAUUGUCCCCAUCAGUGAAUGUUAUCGGCCGCCAAAGCUGCUUGGUGAAGUUCGCACUCUAUGCCUUGCUUCGUCAAAGGUGGCGCUCGCGAAUAUUGGCAGACGCCAACAUUCCUUAGCGCCGUCUCCACUUGUCUGAACCUCACAUUCGCUCCUUCGCCUCCGUACACCUGUGAAUUUUAAUGUGCAGCCAUGUCUUAUGUCAACCGGUAAAUCGCCUCGAGUUUUAAUUGUUUACCCUUUCCAUUUCGUAGGGAUUCUCGAAAAGGAGCAGGAACAGCUCGUUGUCUACGGGUCCAUUGACUUUGGCAAAACUGUGGUGGACGAUGCCCGAUACCACGAACUCUUGGGUAAAACUGCCAAGAACCUGCGAAUUCGACCUCAUUAGUACGUAUCCAUGUUCCCCCUUUUGACCUCGGGUCCUUGCUUUUGGUGAAGACCUGAGCCUGUGUCUUUGUCGUUCCGUUUGAAAGACUAAAUUGCAUAUUUCACGCGUAGAUGAAUGAAUACCAUUGUUGACUGUGAGCUGUGCAACUAGACUCGCAUUUAAGAUGCCGGACCGUUUUCGGGCGUCAACGCCUCCAGACUGGCAUUCACGCGCGGAAGAUUACGUUAGGAGGACGGAUUUUUACGCUUCUUGGGUCGUGUUCUCUGUGUGAGCUCACAGUUACUGACUUGUGUACGAGAAACUUGCCAUUGUAGCCUCACUUAUCCUUUGCACAUCCUUUUUCAUGCGCAUAGGUAGCAUAGGGUGGGACAUUUUAUAGGGCGAGCAGGCGAGCAUGCAUGGGCCACUUUUCUGAUGUCGUGAAGUUGAUAUCCUUCAAUCCUGCCGGUCUACUCGAUCUUGCGAGUGAAGAACGGACUUGGAGGCAUUUUUGUGCAGACUGCAGACAGUCGUUGCAGGCCAAAGUUGUUCAGUUACCAGUCACCUUCGACCGCAGGUGCGUUUGCUCCAAAGCCUACAGGAAACACUUAUUUUUGGCAUCGACAUCCGAGAAAAAGACUGUACUGCAAAUAGUUACGUAAGGAUUAUCUAGUACGAGAACCAAUUUGGCUUACGUCCUGCUCUUUGCCGAUCCCGCCAUCGAAUACUCUGCCCGCACGCUUAUCAGCCGUGAUGACAAGCGUUCUCUAUGUGCCGGGGGCUAACUUAAUUUUUUGAGCUCGCUUGUAUUAGACGCCUGGACUGAGUUUUGAGCAUGCUUAAAAGCUGUGUGUGAGGUUGAACUGUUACAUCUAAAGGCACAAACCAGAUGACCAGAUUCCGACUUUAACAAAACAUCGUCUUAGUCUGCCAAUCAACAAGAUUAGACGAAGGCCAUACACAACACCGUGCACUUGUAAAGACAUUUAGCGAACUUGGUUCAGCCGACAGCAUAUUUCAGGGUGGUCGCAUCCUAUUGCAGUUGAUCGGCGCAGGCUGCAGAGUGCAGUUGACAGGUAUACUUCACAUCUACCUGUUUCAUCAUUGCACAUCGUGGUCCACACGCCACAUGGAAACUGAAGUCAGAAACUGCCUAUCAGACUGUGUUGAUUGUUAGUUUUUAUACUCCUUUCUACCGACCAUAAUUUGUUUCUUCUUGUCCACUUUAGUGUUGUAGACCAGUCUGGCAAGGAAAUCGAACUUCUUUCCUCCGUCGAUUGCAAGGGUAUCAUCGGUAAUGACAACCGGGCAUAUAUCCUCGACCUCCUCCACACCUUCCCUCCAGACGUCAAUUACCUGGGCGGUGCGCCCGCAAACAUCCGCCCCGUCCUCAGUCCGGCUAUGACUGCGCUGGGCUACCCCUACACCCACAGGCACCUUCUGCCUAGCCUCCGCCAGGAACUUCUCGACGCCUUCUGCGAGUGAGUAGACCUUCCUGACUCAACAGGGAGACUUCGUGACACACUAUACCACCACCCUUGGACGCUCGUUUCAUUGUUAACUCGAUGCUCUUAGGUUUACGACAGGCGUCAAAGUUCUUUGUGUGUUUUAAGCUGGAAUGGUUUACUUGAGUAUGACGGCAGCACGGGUUAGCGUGAGGCAUGAUUCCGAGUCUCUUCUUGUACAGUAAUAUGUUGACUGUCAGCGUAAAAUCCUCCCAACCAGUUAUGCGAGUCGUGCGCAGGGAAGAAAAAUACUCGAGAGGUGUGUGUUUCUUUCGUCGGCUCUCGAUGUUUGUGUAAAUUUAAUUACACUUCAUGGAGGAAAUGCGUAGAAUUCUCAUCUGUGGAAUUCACCUCUAGCUGAAGUCCACUUAAGCACUCUUGCGGCUGUGCUCCAAAAAUCAUCAGGUUUUGCCGUGCAGAGAGCACUAUAUCUUAGUGCAAGUUUUUGAUUUUCGGGUCAGCACGAAGGCAGGCAGUCCUCGCACCAUCAGCUAGUCGAAAAAAUCGUCCGAGAUCCGGUUUUUGUUGUGACAACCGCUCUGACCUCGUACAUUCCGUGAGAUGCCUUAUGAAAUACCGCUUCACUUCGAACUCAUUGCUUUCAACCGAAACUCCUUCCGGGGACGACUUUCGUUAGCGAAAACUGGACGGAAGCCCAUGAGAAGGGGAAUCUUUGCAAUGGUUGACAUUUUAUUCUUUGCAUAUGCCUUUGACGAAACGACCGCAGAAAUUUGCCCGGAAUCGUUUUUGAUACUCAUGUGCAGGAGAGAGAUGGCCUGACUGGUGUAUUGUUGCCUUUCGAGUUCCGAGUCGCCAGUGUCCGGUGUGUCCAGCGGGUGUGUUCGAAACAGGCUUUCAUGAUUAAGUUGUUUAGCAAUGCAACUUUGCAUCACGAAGUCGUAGUCCUUAUCAUAGGCGCCGUAGGCUCACCACUUCCCCCACCCUGACAUCCCGCAUCUCCGAAAUCUCAGGGUCUCACUGGAAAACCCGCGACCCAAUAUGGUCCGUGUGUUUUAGGAUUUGCAGCUUGCUUUUGUUGAUUUAAAAGUGUUUUUUUCUAAGAUCCUAUUGCCGGGCAUUCAGAAGUUUCAAUAAAACUGCGUCGGAUUAAUUUCACUAUUAAUGGGCUUUGAUUGAUAAGGACUGUUUAAGGUAACCACAAUUUUUUUUCUGCCCCACCCUAGAUCACGGCACGACACGUUCCUUCGUACGGCUGCCCGCGAGCUCCAAACUUUGAGGGCCUCCAAAGCAAACUCCGUAAAGGUGCGUUUGGCGAAUAUUUGGCUACAUAUUUGCAUUAGCAGUUGAAGAUCCGGGGCUUGAACGCCUGACGUCGCAUUAGUGGGUCGGCCUCUGAAAUAAUUGUCCCACACUUUAAUACUACUGUAAAAUUGUUCGGGUGUGACGGCACGCCUGGGGGCGGCUCAGGCAGCGCCAACAACCUGCGCCCUCUCCCACAUGCGGUCUUCCUGACUAUGCCUUGGCAGCGAGCCCAGUCGGGGGAGAAGGGAAGAGUGCGGUAAAUGCGACGCUAUUCUACUAUCAAUAUGAACUAAUUCACGCGCAAGUCACCGUGCCUGCUUUCAGCCUGCUGUGGAGCACACGGUGGACAUUGUCGGAAUCGACGGUCGAACUGUCACGGUUAGAUUGUGACAUUUGAAUUACGCACAAUCCGUUUGAUUGGGCUUUGGGACUCACUUGACAGCAUCCACUCCGACACUCGGUAACAACAUUCCGCCUAUAUCAUGCGCCGCUGUGCGGCUGCUGGUUGGGCUUGAGAGAGAGCCCGUAAGGCACAACGGAACGAGUGAGUUCCGUAUGAACGAUCGGUGAGCGCUCCUCUACCAUAGCAUCCACUCCUUCCAUCAGCAUUCUUUCACAGCACCUAUUUAAGUCGGCAUUUCACUCGGGACUCUGAUAAAGCCUUACCUCCAGCUGUCAUAAGUUUUUUUGCAUUAAGACGAUUUACUGAGAAAAUUUUUCGUGAUCGCAGAUCACACUAAUACUUCCCAUAGAUGCUUUCCUACAACCCGCAUGUCGUGUCCGACGGGGACUUCCACUAUGCCAGGGGAACAAUGGUGAUUUACAUAUGAAAUUGGCAAUGAUAUGAAACCUUUGCACGGUAUCUAUCAGGCUCUGCACGCUCAAAAUGCUUUACUAGCAAAGCCAUUCUUUUAUGAGUGCUUUCCACUGUCGCUUUUCAUUGCGUUCAUUGAGUCGAAAGCUGAUAGCCGAUAUGCUGCCUGAUAGACAGCCCAAAAACUUCUCGGCGGUUGUAAUCAAGGCCUACAAACAUUGUUUAGUCUCCGAGACGGGGAAGCUCGGUCUUUGUGUUUGACUAACACCCCUAUAACCGGGGGAAGCUAGAUCGACUCUGGGGACCCCGUCCCCUUUGCACUUUAGCACAUAUUCCUCAUUAUUACCAAAAUGACGCGCUUUCAAACUAUCACGUUGCGCUAAUAGCCGCGGCUUGGAAGGCCGCCAGCUGACGGGAUGGGCCAGUCCCUCAGGACGGGAAGUUGGGCCGCAAUGGCUCCUCGCUGUGGUUUUAUGGCGCUUCUAUUCAACUGGGCCGCCCUUAUGUGUUCUGAUACGUACGUGCGGGACCAGGUCGCGUGUGUCACGCGUAAACUGGCUCUUGACUCUGACAGCGGGCCUGAUUGGGUGAGGAAUGAGAGUGCGGUAGAAGCAGCGCAAGCCUGCCUUCACUUUAAAAUGUCCUGCGUGCAAGUCACCGCCCCUGCGCCUGCCACACACUACGGGGCACACGGCGGACGUCGCCAUUCGCGGCGGCCGCACUGUCAUAACCGGAUUCUAGGUGUCGGGCAGCUGAUUUAUGUCCGUUCACAGGCCUAUGAAUUACCUAACCGCUGUUCUCCCACCCAUUUUAAUCCUUGCUAGCAGACUUGACCUCAAUUGUUCUUGUAUAAUUUUGCAAGCCUGCGAAGUGCUUAAGUAACAAAUUACUGCUGUCUCACAAGUACGGAUGUUUCGUACUUUUUGAAACACAAAUAAUACAUAUCCAAAGCCGUCUGGGGCGUAGUUAGCUUACUUUCUCUCUAUCGCGUGCACUGUUGUCGUAGGCCGGCAGUUCCCAUCGUUGACAUGCCGUAUAAACCCCUUUACUUCAAAAUUUUGAAAGUUUUAUCGUGAUCCGGUAGAAACCAUUCAGUUCAUAUUACCUUCUGCAGAUUGAGGAAAUCCACACCAAUGAUGGCGAGGAAGCAGCUGUUAAUGGAGAUGCGAUCAUGCACCAUGAAUCGAACAACAUGCUGCUUCUGAAUGCCGAUUCUGCAGUCAAUUCCGUCCCAAAAAUCGUUUUGACCGAAAAAACUAACCGAACACUCUCCUCUUCAAAUGGCACUGAUAAUGGGGCGAUUUCGGAAGUGAAGAAGGCCGCUGAGGACAUACAGCACAGUUAGUUUGUAUACAUUGGUUUAUGUCCCUCCGACAUAAGCGUAACCAGUGACUAUCUUUGCGUGUUGUAGAAUAAUUGCAUCUUGUUUCUUCUUUUCUCCAUCAUACACACUUGUAUAUUUGCCUUUUUUAUCCCGUCGAUUGUCUAAGACUAACAUCACACGCCCACGCUUUCCCACCCAUAAUUGGGAAGUGGAUUUGAGCUCCAUGCUUGGAAAUUAUUUCGCCUCAUCAGACCAUUGAAUGAUGCUACUGAAUUUCCAUUAUUUGUGCGUUCGCUGGACCAAGUUGGCGCUAUGUCACAUGUCACCCUCUACAAUCGCUGCGACGAUUCGUCAUUAAGUAUUUGUCCUAUUGAAGUUUCUAGUCUAUUCCAGUUUACGCUGGUAGGCGAAAGCUGGUCAGGUCAUGCUCAAUUAUUCUCCCAUUUUCCGCUGACCGUCUCUGCUCACAAGCGUGGAACUGAUUGUCGCAUUUCUCCUUUUUUAAAAACUGCUCUAUAAGCCAUCUAAGUGCGCACUUAUGACGAAUUUUUCCGCCUCUAGUGGAAUCCGAAACGACUGAGGCGAUUGGACGCUCCGCCAAGGCUCUGGGCUCUCUCUCAGACACACAUUUUGAGAUCGCCUUCAACCCAGAUGUAUACCAGUCAUCUAUCACCUUCGCCAAGUCUGAGGUUAGUUGCUUCACAACUCAUUGUUUCCCGUUUCUGGAAUUUAUUAAUCAGUGCCGCAGCCGUGAUCGUACCUAAGCUGCCCAGCCACACGUGACAGUCUGCAGCAGCAGAUCUAGAGCUCGACUCACUCGUCCGGCGACGGAGGCCGAACACAGAAGGUCUAUGUCUCAGCGAAAUGUGUCGAGCCAGACUCGGAGUUGACCUCCAGGUGGGCAGCGGUGCCGGAUCGAGAGCAGGAACACGUAGCUCAUGAGAUGGACGACGAAGAACGUGCCCAAACCACCUCAGCCGUCUUUCUUGAAUGACCUGAUAUAUCCUCGCCAUGUUGUCACAGUGAGUGCGGACUAUCUCAUUCGAAACCAGGUCAGUGUACUUGGCUCGAAGGAUGAUUCUCAGGCAGUGGUAGUCAAACACCUCCAGUUUUUGUCCAUUUUACGUGCACAACUCAGCAUUCACAGUCGUAUAGGAGAACUGACUCGACAAGUGCCUGAUGUAUGCGCAUCUUUGUGGCUAUGGAGAUAUCGUGUCGAGUUCAUAGACGUUUUCUAGGCACUGUGAAAGCCCCACAAGCAGCAUUUAUUCGGGUGACGAUAUCGUCCUUACUCUGUCCAUUCAGCAGUAACCUUGUCCCAAGGUACUUGAAGCUGUCUACUCCAAGUUGACAGCUGUUCUGAGGUGCUUUUUCGUUGCCAGAGAUAUCACUCGAGAACGGCGUUUAUGGAUAAGCCGGUCCAUCUAACAGCUUCAUUUACCCGCGGCACAGCUUGUAGACCGCCAACUCUUAGGGCUGGCACAACGGUGUCACCAGCGUAAUCAAGAUCAGUUAGCCGGCACCCGAGUGCAAAGUAAACACCAAUAAAAGGGUGUAGGGGCUUCCGAGAGUCAAGUCAAUGGCGUAGUUUGUUGAAAUGGGUCGCAGAAUACAGCCGGGUCAGGCCUAAUAUCGGAUGCUGGGAUCACAUGAAACUGCAUAGGCUGGAGAGAGAUAAAACUUUGCUGCAGAGACAGGGGGUAAUUGGAUGGUAAUCGAGAUUGAUAGUGUUCGCGUCAGCUCACGACCUUGGCCGAGUUGUCAGCAAUAAUACUGCCAUUCACAUCGCAAACAGAGUUACUCUGUGCUGUUGGUUUACCACUAAUUUAACGAAUAAUCCGAUAAAGUUUCGACCUAUCACUGACGUUUGAGGCCUGUACCACGGGUUCGCUAUUUCGACCCAGUAGUUUUUGCGGUCGUCCAUAACGGCCUUCUGUCGCUUUCGGGGUUGGCGGACAGUAAUCGUUGUGGGACCCAGUUCGAGCCUUCUGAGCAGAUCACUGCAGAUUCAUCCGCGUGAUCAGUCACUGCAACGCCGCUGAAUUUUCUCAGCUGCUUCAUAAACUGGUGACUUCGACCCUCUCUUUUGACUCACGUCACAGAGCGAGAACGAAUUUCUGAAAUCAGGGCUUUGGCUGUUCUGGUUUGUCGUGGUUUGGCGGCAUAAGGACGUUUUGCACGUGAAAACUUUGGUGCAGGUGAGAGGUGAACUUUCCGGUAUUGUAAGAAGGAGGAUAUGACCCGUGAGCAUUACCAGUCUUAGCGUCACACAACAAUCUAUCAUGAAGUCAGCCGCAGAAUCUUGAACCAACUAGAAUGUAGCCAGUAUUACUGGUUGUGCGGCCGUCGUUUGAAUACCAGGUCAGCAAAUGUUUAUGGCAGUGCCGGAAACACGUGCCAGUGACACACAGGCGGUUCUGGUCAACACGAUUAAUUCUCUCACCAUCGUCGCCUCGAAAGCCGCCUAAAGAGGUCAAUAAGGUGACCGAAGAGUUGCCGGUUCAGUCCUUCGACUAACUGUUACAUCUACAAGUAGGUUUUCUUAUCAUACUGACCGACAAAAAUGUUCGUAAAGUGACCUUAAAUAUCACAUUAGCCAUCCUGCCAUUGACUGGUUCCCGCCCGAAACAAUGCAUGGCUCGCUUCUCACCAGAAGACGAUCGUCACACCGCGUCUACCAGCAGGAUCCCAUGAGCCGCCAUGGUAUAGGGUGAAGUUGAAGCUUUUUCCGGAAUAUUGAUUUCCCGAGGGUCUGAGUCGGUGAUUCAGACUUCAGACAGACAGCUAACAGCCACUUUGCACUGCUGAGGACUUUUCGCUGUCAGAAGUUAGUUAGCAGGGUCCCGAAACGUCCGCACAUUCCAGCACACAAUGCUUCGAGUCCGUUACCGAGUGAGUAGUCCAACCCGCAUACCAUUGGAUGCGGAGCGCGUCGUUUCCUGCGGACACUAGCCUGAGUCCUGCCGUAGAGCACAGGAGCCUUGUUCAGCAUUGGACCGAACCCUGUUGGCCCGACUUCUUUGGGUUUCAAGGGCAAAACUAGUUCGAGACUUCAGAUGGAUUCGGGCGUACGGCUUACCUCACACAAAGGCUUCGCCUACUUGUUUCACAAUUUAGCAGUUCUCUCGUUCAGGCCUCACACAUUCACCAGCGUUAGGAAUAUGCACCGGUUUCUUUUGUGCUUCAGUGGGUUUAUAAAGGAAAACCCUAGGAGCUAAGAUUAUGCACAGUUUCCGACCUACAUGUACCUCAGCGGACUACUGGGUUGUACAAUUAAAAGCACUCCACACACGGAUAAAUAUAUACAUGAGAAUUUCCUUCGAAAGCGUACUGGGGAGUCGUUGUAACCUGGCUCGGUCUUCUGAACCAAGUUACUUCUGCUCAUGAAUUUCGGAGGUGCCGUGAGUUAAACGAAUAUGAAUUGUUGAUUGCCACGAGGACUUGCGAAAUAUUGGUCUUCACCUAUCCCUAUUUGCCACUUAUUUCAAUUUCAGGGCUAGGUCACGACAUAGAAGAAAGCCUGUCCAGUGUACGCGUGUCCCAACCAUUUGGUGGUCUCAGUCUAACCAGAUUUCAUUAAAAUACUUACAUUUUUUACGGUAUCGAAGCCCUGCUACGCAGGUCUGACGCCCUGUCACCGUCGACAUUAGUGGCCUCAGAGGACAAGCCCCAUGUCACGCAUGCGACAUGCGUCUAGGUAAAGGCUUUGGGUUCCGUCAGCGACUGUGUACAGCCCCACCUAUCCUUGACCCGACCAUCGGUUGGGCUUAUAAAUUAGGAAGGAGACCAAUAAAAGGGAAGGGGAGAGAUCAGUCCUCACAAUGGACAGUCGAAGGGCGCUAAAAGUCGUAGCUUGGAAGGCUGCCAACUGACGACAAAAGUCUGUUCCGCGGAUACGAUGGCCUGGCAGCUGUGGCUCCUUAUUGUAGAUUUUAUCGCAACUCCCCAAUGGGAAAUCCGAAACCCUUCUGUCGAAGUCCAAUUUGUUGUGUGUUGCCUGCACAAAUGUUGGUUUGAUCCCGUUGGCUUUGCUUCCCCAUUCCAAAGGCCAAAACACACUGAAAAUUGCUCGAUUAUUUACAGCAGAGCCAGGGUGGUACCUAUCAUGAGAUUUUCAUUGUUCUUUUCCCGAUUGUCGACGGUGAGGUUGCCAUCUUCGUGCAAUCGAUCCUGACUUUACUUCAUGCAUUCCCUGGUGGGGGGGGGGUCGUUGGGUUCCGCCAUCCCCCUAUCACGGACCUUGAUGAUUGUCGGGCUGUUUCGGACCGCCAUAGUCGAAAGGUGACGAUAGAUUUACCUAGACAGAAAGUUUGUUUGAAUGAUACCUCAGAAGCUUUUUAGAAGUCGACUCGGAGUCUCGAGUCAACAGACUACACUUUUACAAUUCUAACACUGUUUAGUUUUUGUCUCGUGCUUUGUCGGCUGAACACAAAUAACUGCGCAUCCCCUCUCCUCCCUAGGAGAUCGCCGUCAAGAAGGAUGAGAAGCUGGUGUGCGAAGUCUGCGAGUUCCUUGUCCUCACCCAAAUCCCGGCCUUUAUUCAGGACUGCCUGGCCUUCACGGUUAUGCCACAGGACGGACGCGCCCUUGUUGAAACACUUCACCAGAGGUAAACUAGGUGGUUUUCCUUUUCUCCUUCCAGUACUGGUUUUGUGUGCGCUUGUGUUCAGUUGGCCAGUAGUGCUCGUUAAUAAUUCAUUUAAUGGACCCUCUGGACCUGAAAUUCCCCCGUUGAGAAGCCCCUCUGAUUGUGCUGCUUACAGCAUAAUACGCGAUUGUCAUUGUAUUUCGUGGCUGACCCUCCAUAGUGGAAAGAUCCAUUGACAUAGACCUUGAUCGAGACCCAAUUGUUUUGUUUUUACCUUCUCAUGGGGAUUCAGUCUAAAAUCCACAACAGCUUCCGGCGUUUCUUAUCCGAGCCGACAACAUUCGUAAUCCGAUUUAUAUGAUAAAAGCAAGGCUAUAGAAACAAACAUUCGAUGGAAGGAGGCGAAUUAAAAGGACCUUUGAUUGUUUUUCAUCCCUUGAGUAAUGUAGGCGUCUUGACACAUUUUGUGCACUUAUUUUCCGUCGAGUCACACAUACAUUUGAAGACCCACUGCCUUUCUAUGUCACUGGUAAAUAACUUCAAGGCUUUCGUUACUGUGUUUAUGGAAAGCUACCACUAUGCAACCAAAGGUAGCCGUGUCCAAAAGUGCAUAGAGGACACGAGAAAGUCUCGAAACCUCCCGGGAAUUCUGCUAUCUGAGACUAACCUACAACCACACUGACUUAUUUGUGCUGUUGAAGAAUAAUGAGUGGAAGUUGUUUUUUUACGUGGGGCGACAAAUCACGAUAAAUCAACACUCUCUUACUUCUAUUUCGUCGUCUGUUUUUUGUCUCUCAGGGGUAUCAACGUGCGCUAUCUUAAUCGUGUAAUAGAAGCUCUCGCGGAGAAGUCAAAUCUUGCCUACCUCCACGUAAGUUGCCUGGCUUUCCUAAAAUUGUUUCGUCUGGGCACGGCAUUUUUAUCGCCGUCAACUUCCUGGUUAUGUCGUAACAACCUUGGAUAUACCUACGUGACCUACACUUGGUACACGAAUAUCAGCAUCCCCAUUACCGUCAACUAACUUCCAUCUUCCACUUGUUUUGCUUGUCUGCAAUAUCUGCCCAUUAAAAGUAAAGUGCUGUUAAGAGGACCCACAACGUAAGCAUUGCCCUGACUUUUCGCAGCGUCUGGCCGUCUCAGAAGUGCUUAUCCGAUCAACAAAACAUAUCUUCAAGACGUACGCUCAAGAGGUGGAUCCGAUGUUUCUCUCGGCUGCCGUUGCGCAUUUUCUCAACUGCUUCCUCACCACAUGCCCCAACCUCUCGCCCCUGGCUGGCGUAGACGAGGUAAGUUUGUGUGCCUUCAACUUAGUUGAUUUCUAUUUAGCUGACUACAGUUUGCCACACACACAAUUGCUCGAGGUAUUUGCUCCUGUAACUGCCUGGUUUCCGUGGGCGUGCGCGGCGUCGAAUGCCUUUCCGCCUGUUCAUCUCUUACCUGGUCAUUUUCGCCGGCGGCCUGGCCCGCGUGCCCUCGACGCGCGCGCGCGCGCGCGCUCAUCAGUCCUGACUAAGCAAGUCCACCGUGGUAUUGGGCGUGCCCUCUGUCGUUGUAAUGACCUUAGUGGUAGCUUCAUAUGUCCUGACCGGGUGGAUAAAAGAGGACGGUGAGAUACGAGAGAAAUCUGUUUACUCCACCAACCUGAAUAACACGACGUUGAACGUGUUAAGAUCCACCUUAUUCAUUCGACUCUAGAACAUCCGGGACUCUGGCGCGAUACUUCUGGACUGGCUGUUUCCUGCACGACAAUUCCCUCCUGGGUAAAUCCCGAAUGUUCGGCCUCCUGCUGGGUGGAUGAUCUAGCACACGCUGAUUGGCUAGCUGGUUUCACGCUCGCAUUUUCCAGCCGGUUUGGUUUGCUGUGUGCCGUGCGUGGCCGCGUUUUCACUUUGCUUUGGCUCGUGCGACAUCAUUGUGUUUCCUUCUCCACAGCAAGCUUAUAACUAUUCUGGCUGCGAAUAAACAACUGUGCCUUACAGCGUGGGGAGCAUGGGAACCCAGGCAGCGGAAGCGGUUCUUUUAGCUGUCAAGGUCUUUAUUUCCUUCUGUGGAGAAACUCGGUAUUAGUACAUCGUCUGUUCAAUGAAGGCUCGUUCGGCUUCUUACAGUGUGUCCUAAGGGAGUGAGCAACGAGUCCACCUGCUUGUCUGUUGGAAUUUUUUUCCACAUGUCGUUGCCGACUGUUUUCCUUUCCACUUGCCUCCUUGAAAACAGCACUUUGUUUGAUAUUCAGCUUGUCAGAAAGAGAGAAGAGAGCGUGCCAUCAGGUCCCCUGUAUUUAUAAUUAUAAAGUAAAGCGGAGGUUUAUUCCUCUCGUCGUUGUUUUUGCCCUACACGCUACCUUUUGCUUCCCCCAACCUUGCCGCUGGCGUAUUCGACACCCAAAUACUAGUCUACUGAAUAUUGAAGCGUAGUGCUUAUUGCUGUGACAAAAGUGUACUUUCUGCUUUGCUUCCAUAGCAAGUUCAAAAACUGAAGAACAAGAAGGGCAAGAAACGUGGCGGUAAGCAAACACGCGAGUGUUCCGGUGAGUAAAAGCCCCAGCCUCUUGUGUUUUCUUAAUCUGCAUAUCCGUGUUUAUCGGAGUUAUUCAUAUUUUUUGCGUUUUGAUUUAUAGAAGACAUGUCAUGGACAAAUGAAACCAGUGCCUCGCUGUGGGCUCGCCUGAACAAGGAAGUGAAAGAGUAUUAUCACAUCGACCUUGAGCUGUGAGUCGAUUUAGUUUGUAAGGUCGUGCGAACCUAAUCAGUCGAAUUUCCUCAAUUGCUAUCGUUGACGUAUGUUCUUAAGCGUAUUUACCUACAAAUUGCCAUGCAAGUCUUCCGUCAGUUGGUCCUGUGGCUGUUUCUCGAGUUGCGGGGGGUCGAGCUGCUGGGCUACUAGUCGUUGACUUCGUUCUGGCCUUUAAUUCGUUAGUGCUUCGCGCAAUGCCUUCGGAUCUAUUGACAACCAACAGCAUCAAAUUCACUGUGCCCGGCCUAGCGCUGAAUUGUCCCGUCGGCGGCGGAAAAGACUAGGAGUAAGGCCCGCGCCUUCUACCACGUCAGUUGCAACUGUUGGCAGCGUAUCCGGAUAUCAGUUCUGAGGGAAAAGAAAAAAAGGGAAAAAUUAACAAUAACAGUCUCAUAUAGACAUACUUACAGUGUGUAUUUUGAUGAUGCAUGCCCCUGCCACAUUGGUCGCGGUAACAUAACACAAACAAUAACAAACCCUUCAUUAUACAGGUUAUGUGAUAUAUCAUACUUGGCAGCACAGGUGCAAGCUGAAAGCCCAGACACGUGUUUCACCGAUAUUCUGUCGUACCAUGACUCAACAGGAAGGGGUUCGGCCCAUCAGUGGUCCCUCCCAGUGCUCCCCAUGGGUAUCCUGGUAGAUACUCCGGCUUUGAAAUUGCGUCCUAAUUUUCUUUAGAAAUUGACCACUGACUUAGAAUAAGUCAGUCUGAACUAGACUUUUUACACUGACCUUUCUUCAAAAAAAGCUUGUAAAGAUAGCGCAAAACCGCCUUUUACUUGAAGUUUAAGCCUUAAUGAAAUUCAACCACAUUAGGCGCAGCUGGGGGUUUUCUACACUUCGUAACCGAUAAUAAGUGUUUCACGGCAGGGGAGUGGGGAAUUAACGUUGUACAGGUUUGAAAGAAAGUUGUGAUCGAGCCGCCGCGCUCGAAAACUUGAGCAUAAUUUUAUGUCCAGAUGGAAGUCGGUAGGACACCGCACUAGAACCCUCUCCAUAAUGAAAGUGGCAUUGUGCUAAAUUCCAUGGAGGUUAGGGUUAGUGUUUGGGUCAGGGUUGGUGUUAGGGUUAGGUUUUGGUAUUAAGUACUUCCCCUUGUAUUUGGCGCAGGGCCACCUGCAUUACCGAGGCGGGUCCUUAUUCCUGUGUCCUACCUGUAAGCCCUAUCUCAUCUGUGUAGUCCGCCUUAUUGCAGCUCGAAGCUUUUGGAUGUUGUGCCACACUUCGCCAACCCACUGGACGUUUACCUCAUCUGGAAGUGUGCUCCUUGAAGAGGAAAUGACGGCUAGAGUCACAUGACAACGUUACGUCCCAUAAUCACCACAGAAUGUCGUACUGCAUCAUGAAUCGCCUCUAAGCUUGUUCGCGGUGGUCCUCUGAGUCGCACUAAUCUUUCGACUCAUCUAUUCAUACCAGUGCUGUUCCUCGUGUACCUACCCAGCUAUAGUGCCAACUUAUGACAGUUUUAAAUGCCUCCAACACGCGUUUGAAAGACAAUGUUGCAAAUGAUCUGUCUUUCUUGGGUGCAUCAAGGAAUAAGUGAAAGGCAGAGGUUCCUUUCCACGCCAAAGUUACACCCCAUGCGGCACGAACCUGUUUGUUUUUUUUUUACUUCAUAAACCUUUAUCCCAUUUAUCUGCCUCAAAACGCCCACAGGACAAAUAUUGACGACUUCUGCCAGAAACACGGUGUUUCUCGCACCCAGAUACUUCGCUCUUUUUGCCACUCGGUGGGUAUCCAGUUGACCCUUCGGGAGUAUUCCCUGCAGCCUCCAAACGGAGCCAAACACCACCAACGCCCCGUUUUCACCCUUGAGGACGUCACCAUGCUGUUCCCAUUGGUCAAGCAUCUCCACCCACACGCGACUGAUGCCUACACCUUCUUUAACACUGGACAGGCCCGCAUUUCUGCUGGUUACUUACAGGAAGGCUUUGAGCUCAUUUCUGAGGCCUUGAACUUGUUGAACACCGUAUACGGCCCACUUCAUCCGGACAUUGGCGCCUGUAACCGUCUACUUGCGCGUCUCUCCUACGUACUGGGUGAGCAUGAGGCGGCGUUACUCUUCCAACAGCGUGCUACGAUGAUCAGUGAACGCGUGCAUGGUAUCGACAGCCCUAGCACGGCCGCGGAAUAUGUAAGUGGAAGGAGGGUAGUCUGGGUGUCCGACCCAAAUCUCCACCCUUUUGGUUUUUUACGCAUAAGUUCCGCGCACGUGCCCAAUAUCAGGCUAUGUCGCACGCCAAGGACGCCGCGACCUCGGCGCUGUCUAUCUUGUUGCCAUGUAUGGUCUCCUUUAUUAUAUUGCUCUAGGGAGCUGUGCUUUGUAAUCUUUUGAAAGAGCUGGAGGACCUGUAUUCUUACCGCCAUCUCUUAAUCUUUCUGCAGAUCCAUAUGGCGCUAUAUUGUUUCGCAUGUGGUCACAUCCAUCCAGCAUUCCAAUUGCUGUAUCGGGCUCGAUAUCUGGCUCUGUUAUGCCACGGUGAAGACCACCCAGAAAUCGCUCAGAUUGAUGUGAGUUUCCCGUUUUCCAGCCCCUUCGCCUUUCAAACACACCUCUGUAAAGCUGCCUAGUGCGAGGACUGAAACUCAAGACACGGGCUGGUGCCCUUAACUAGGCUUUGUGGUAUAAUAUCGUUUUCACAUGAGAGUACCAUACUGACAGGUCGUCAGCGUGGUCCUACCUUAGUUUAUAAACUGCGACUCAUUCUCACAUAUUCUUCCGACCACCUAAAAUAAUCCUACUCAAUAAAGCACAACGAGUGCGUGCUUAUCCAUCUCUGACGCAAGGAUUUCUAGAAUUGUAGCCACCCUGGUGAUUAAACUAUUCCUUGGAGUCCUUGGCGUCCAGCCUUUCGGGCGUUCACCAGAGCUUGUUGUCUGUGACAACUAAUUAUACGUGUGGUCUGUGUACUGGUUUGUUGUCGUUUGGACGAAGUUCGAUCGCUGGGAAUGUUGGCGUGCUUGUUUGGCGCUCAUUUUGUGGAAAAUUACGGUAACAAGUGUUCUCCUUGAAGAAACGGUAUCAUUCAGCUUUAAAACGUUUGUAAUUAUGUGCAUUUUAAGAUCAUGAAAUUUCCUUUUAAAUAGCUUCGUGUUUGUCCGUUUACCAAUGCUCCGCAUGAAGUGCACAGCAUAGUCCGUGCCAAUUGCGAACUUUUAUGGGCAACAUAUGGCACCUUGAUACCAUUUGGGAACGUAUGGUUUUUUACUAGGAAAGUGUACAGCUUGUAAUUUGGAAUUCCUAGAUACAGGUGCGACGAUAGGUCUAGUUAAGAAUUUUUUCGGGAAUUAAAUGAUUUUAAAGCAGGUUAAUGUCCGUUCUUCGGGUGCAAAGUUUGAAGAAGUGAGUUCCAACAAGAUUACUAUAACGAAAUGCAUGCUACCGACAUUAAAAUCACUCUCGCGUAAUCCUUCCUAACCGAAAUUACCUUUCAAAACUUCGUUUAAUGUUUCGUAGGGUACGUCGCCUGCCAUACGUACAAUAGCUCGCCUAUCUCAUGAAGUGUUAGUCGACUAGAAAGGAUGACCCAAGUGGGGCUGUAAUAUCGAUUAUCGUGCAGAAUAACUCAGAGAUAUUUUAGUCGCGCCAGGAUACCCGCUUUCCAAUGAGCUUCCCAUCGGCCGCCUGCAACGACAACACUCGGUAAAAAACAGCUAUUCACGUAGAGAAAUUUCUCAUUAAUUCUGGGUGUUCAAAUGAAUUCGAGCCUAUUUUGUAGGCACACAAAUAUACUGUUUCGUUUUCAUUUGGUAGAAAAUUACACCCUCUUCAGAUUUUAUACUCAAGAAAGGGUAUUUUUCUGAUUGUGGGAUUUUUUAAGACCAUGGAAUGUACAUUUACAAACCAUCGUAUCUGUCUAUAUAUUAGUGCUGCUUAUGAAGUAUAACAGUUCAACCGUCGAUUCCGACGAUGCCUACCAUGGACCGCACAGCAGGGUAGGCGCAGAGAAGGAAACAUACACGUGAAUUAGUUUGUGGUGAUAGUGGACCUGCGCAGCAUCUAUCGCACUCUAAUCUUCCUCUAUCUGGACUCGGUAUUAAGAUGACCGAUGGCGGGAGAAAGCGCAGGUGAUUAGCUCGGCGUGAGCCUGCACCUAGGUGUGCCACCACACCCCACGGUCCACGCACAACGGACCGGGAUUUCACACAACAAGAAGGGGCGGGAUUGGGAGAUUGGGGGAGAUUGCUGAUUGGAGAUAAGAACAGCCCGUCUGCUCGGGCCACACACAUAAUCCGCCGGCCUGCACAAACACCAGGAUUUCACGCAAAGAGGACGGACUUUUUAGAUCUCACAUGCAGUAGAGACGCCACGUGGACAAGGAGCCGAGAAACGCACUUCUCACUUACGCGAGAUGUGCCUACCUCGUGCCUGCGGUGUGUGAUGUUGGUGUCCGUGUGGUGCAUGUAUUAAUGCGGAAGUGUGUUCUGAUGAGAUCGGGUCUGUGGUAAUUUACUGCAGCUUUUCACGAAGACGCAUGUGACCGAAUAGGUCCAUGCAAUGGCGGAAUUUGCGUGGACAGUGCAGACGUUUGAGACGGUGACGAUGGGUGUAUGUUGGUGCUUCAGACACUCGUUCGCCAGUCUCUGCACGAUGCAUUAACAAAUGGCCUACGAGGUCGAAGCGUGGUGUGCACGUGCGGUGGCCAUGCAGGCAGGAUAGUUUGAGAGCUGCUAAGUCGGUGGUGAUGAUGACGCCAAUGCUAGUGCUGGUCGCGCUGUUGGAAGAGGAUUUGACAGUGCUGGAGAUGGGAGAGUUGUUGGAUGUGCAAGGUGGGCUUUGUUUGUCGAUAUUGCGGUGAAAUACGGCUGUUGUGGAUACGCACGUGGCCAAACAUGUCCACUUGCUGAGUGAACGUGGGUGGGCAGUGCGGACAGUGGAGGCGGAUGCGGCAAGAGCAUGUGGGGUUCCCGGCGUUGGUGUGCCGGUCACAGUGCGAUGGAUUCGCAAGUGACCUAACAGUUCGGUGUGUGACAUGAAUGUGCAAUCACAAUGACGAAUGGUGGCGAUGGAGUCCACCUUGCUGGUGGCAGGGGAAGGUAGUGCUGAAGGUCAUGGUUGGCGGAGCGUCGGGAGUGGUCUCAUCGAUGGUUGGUUAGAAGUCUAACGCCUCUAACCACUGACCCACGGGCUCCUUGUCCUGCCGGUUGCGAUCGUUCUUUAGAGUGACCUUGUGACGGCGUGCUUGUCCUUCUUGUCGAGCACUCGUAGCGACAUCCUCAUUGAAGAGUCGUUUGGGUAAUCGUUCAUCGUCCAUCCUCAUGAGGUGGCUGCUCCACCGCGGUUGCAGUUGCCUCAGCAUGGCGUGGAUGAUGAUGAUUCCGGUCCGUUCCAAGAUUUCUGUGUCCGGGGACCUCGUUUUGCCACCUCAGCAUUAGUAUUCUACGGAGACAGAUUAGGUGGAAGUGAUUGAGAUUCCUGGCUUGAUUAAACUGAUGGUCCAUGUCUCCGCCUAGUAUACUUGGCUUGUCAGUACUACCGCCCUGUUUGGUGUUGAGGUGGAUACCGUAACUAUUUCACGACGAGUUCUGCAACCGGUCGAAUGCCUGGCUGGCUUUGGAGAUCCGAUGGACCUUGUCGUUGUCGAUGUUGACGUUGCGUUAGUGUCCUACUUAAAUAAGCGGACUUGCGUACGGUUUUGGAAAUGGUGCCGUUGACAGUGAUGCGUUGACGUUGUAUUCAGUGUCGGAUGACGGCUGAUGCACGACCACUGUUUUGUCUGCGUUGGUCAGCCCGAAGUUUGGUGUUGCCGGGGGCGAAAAGGCCCAUGUUCCGUUGCAUGUCCGGUUCUGUCGUCCGCGAAGAGCAGGUCGUGGACGGUAGUGGUGGAGAGACGCUUUGGAGCCUGCAUCCGUCGGCUACCGAGAUGGCCGUCGAUACUGUAGACAAUGAAUGUCCCAGGAUGUUUAUCGCGAUAGGCGUCCAUCAGCACGUCCUUGAACAUGAUACCUCUCGAUAUACGCUCAUUACGUUGACUUCUUUUCUGCAGUUUUGCUUUUAGAUCGGCUACUUAGUAAGUAGGGCUGUCACACGCAUAUUCUCUUGUUUCUAUGUAGUGCCUUUUGUCUAAUGAACUGUAGGUUAUCGUCCUUCACAUUACGCUGAAUCUGUCUGAUCAUGCCACUUUUUCUUCCGACCCAGGUGAACAUCAGUCUCAUGCUGCACGCCGUGGAGCAGUUCGACACCGCCGUAGUUUUCCUCGAGAACGCCCUCCGGUUAAGCAAAAUGUACUUACCUCAUUCUGCUUGCACAUUAUCGCUCUUGAUACCAUUUGACCGUUCUUUGCUAAGCUAGAGCACGCAACCAAACCUUUAACCGCAAACAUUCUCCCCCCCCCGCCUCAGAUUCUACGGCCCAAAGAGUCUGAAGGUGGCCUUCAACUGCCAUCUGCUGAGCCAGACGCACGCCUACCGCGGAGACUUCCGCUCGGCACUGGACUUCGAGAAACAACGGUACUCCAUCUACAGAGAGCGUUUCGGCGAUGACAGCGACUACACCCGUGACAGCGAUGAGUGCCUACGCACUUUGACCACUCAGGCAGUGAACAUGGCGCGCCGCUUCCAGCAGUCCGGCACCGCGGCCGCCACCGCUGUUACCAACGGCAGUGCUACUGGCAGUGCCGCAAAUAAGCAGAAUUCCCUCCAAGUGGGACGAAGGCCGGGCCAGGAGGGCCACGUGGCGGCCACAUCGACUGCCUCAUUCCAGUUGCCCAGCUUCGUCACCAUUCUGGAUACACUGAAUCGCGUGAAUGGCAUCUUCUACCUUCAACUCAGGUGAAAUCGUGUGAAAAUCUCGUGCUUAAGUUGACGCGAAGUCAACGUUGCCUUAUUGUUUUUUAUUCGCCCAUCUUAGUGUCUGUGUGCGUGCGCACAGAGUCUGCAUGAAUUAAUUGCCGUGCAUGCAUGUGGGAAACAUUAAAUGAGGACUCACGCCGUGCCAGCCGAACUGUGGGUUAGACUGCGGUAGCUCUUUGUUAACGCGGCUGUGCGAGAUCUGAGUCCUUGUGCGGCGGCAUGCGUUAGACGGCGACUUCGUGUCACGUCAACUACUGCACUGAAUCUGAUUGUCAGUCGAUUUGAAUCGCACAGGCCAUUGGGGCAUUAGCGAUAGGGGAUAGAGAAAGUUCGAUCCAACGCCUAAGCCUUUCACUAUAGGAAAUCUAACGUGCCAUGAAUCUGUUACAACACGACAGUUGCGUUUUGAGGUGCUCCCACCUGACGGACAUCUCGGUCCUCCUCAGAAAUGGGAAACAGACUGCUGCAACUCCUCACGGCACUCCCUCAUGUGAGAUCCACGAAUUCACUUCCCUUGAAACCCAACGGGUGUGGAAUUAAGCACUAGGUCGUGUGUGUGUGGUACGCGUAGACGAACUGUUCAGUUUUCUCAAACACUGCGUCUAGCAUGUCAUGGUUGCCAUCGGAACACGCCAAGCGUGUGAAGGGGGGUGUAUGGCAUAUGAAGCGCAGGUCCGCCCCACUGUAAACAACUUCAUGCUCGAGCCACUACUGCGUCUUGUGCGCGACGGUGGUGAACCUCCUAUUUCGCCACGACCGAACUAUCCUAUUGUGUGUGAGUAGUUGUGUGCUCGUCUGCGCCCUCAGCGCAGGCCGCGCUGGACCAUAACAAGAGCCGAGUUGGUUCGUGGCACACGUUAAUCGGAUGCGCGGUGUCCGCACAUCCCGUGAUUACUUCCGCACAUGGGGGUGGCGGUGACACACCUAAGUGUAGCCUUCAUGCCGCGGCAGCCACUGCGCCCAUCUCCAACACCAGCUGAACGUCAAGCUUGGACAACAGACUGGUGCAUGGGAGAGGGAAGAGAGUGCGGCCGACCCUGUGGAAUCCAUCCUUACGGUAUUUUGAGCGCAGUCCUAAUUGUAAUAAAUCUGGCACGCUUGAAUCUAUCAUGGAUCACUGGGGGUCAUGGCUUGGAAGGCUACCAACUGACUGGGUAAGUCGGUCCCCGAGACGACGAGUCAGGCUGCAAUUGCUUCGUCGUAUAGCCUCCAAAGCACACCCGCAUAGGUGAGAUCCGAGCCGCAUCCUUCCAUUUAAACCUGAUGCAUCUCUGCGAGGACCAGGUCGUGUGUGAAGUGCGCAGACUGACUGUUUAACUUUGUCAGCCAUUGCGCUCGAGCCCGUCCCCAGCUGGGAAAGGCGAAGUGCGGCAGAUGUUCCGGAGGUCGGCAGGAAUGUACCUUUGCGCUUGUAGACAAACUCCCCUAGUAGACAUACCAAAACUUACUGUCACGUCGGGGUAAUAUGCCGGAAGUUGUCUACGAAUCCUUUGGAUCGCCUAGACCAGAAAAAAAGCUAGAUUAGGCCGUUCACUCCGACUUGGAUUCUUGUUCUGGGACAGUGCGCUCGAGUUAGCCGCGACAGCUUCAGCAAAGUGCCAUCAGGCAAUGUAAGCCAAAUGCGGCGGCAGUCCAUGGUACACGCAAGUGAGCUGUUUUUGUCGGCAGGGGGCGAAAAAUAACUCUCCGAUGGGCAUUUUCAGACUUUGCGAAGUCGUGAUCCCUGCCGAUUUUUCAUUUCGGUGGUUGUGGCUUUUGUCUGAGAUCAUGGCAGUAAAAGUCUAUUGUUGCCUCGUGCAUACUUGUCCUGCCCGCCAAACACUUCGCUAAACAUAGCGCAGCUGUUGCCGGAGACAGCGGGUGACUGCUUAUGAUCAAACCGGUUAAAACCACUAUCUUUAAUGAGACUCGUAUGCUUUAGCGACUGUGGCACUAAGUCCGCGUUCAGAGGUCGCGGCCCCCAGGAAAAUUUACAACCGCUCAAUCGAAGAGUUCCUUAUUCAAAAGAUAAGCCCCUGCACAUGACAAUAGGAGAAAUCGUUCAGGGUUGGGCAGCAUGGUUGGAUUAAUUAUCAUAUCAGAUAUUUGGACAAAGAUCGGAAUAAAAGCUUUGACAGUGCGGUUGUGGAAGGUAGUAUCGACUAAAUUUUUAUAGGCAAACAAGCAGGUAUCUUUCCAUGUGCCGUUAACGGGACUUUGGUGCUAAAUUCUCCGCGCCCCUGUUGACUUUCAACUCCCCGAUCUACGAUCGAAGACCGUCAUUUCGUCCAUCCGUUCCAUUUGCGCAAACCACCACCUGGACUGAGGUGGGCUGCUUCUUACGUAGACUUAGUCGCCAAAAAACCUUGCGCCAUCAACCCCAUUCUUGGAUUCCAUAAGCAGGACGCGGUUAGGACUGCGGGGGUAUGAUACUGGACAUUUUACUGCUAUGCUCAAGGACACGCAAAUUGUGCCGCAACUGGUUAGGAUUUUCGUCAAUGACAAUGAGUGAUAGGCUGAACACGUGACACUUAGACCGUUAAAAUACGGUUAAAUAUUUCCUGUUUUUGAGCCACUGCUUCUGCGCCGCCGCUAGUUUUUACCGCCUCCCCUGCUUUCCCUUGACAUUACCCCGACAUCUACGCUUGCUUUCUCUGUCGCUGGAGAAGCCUUAUGGACGCUGGUCAUCGUCGAGGGAUAGAUACAGUGACAUAGUGAGCCGUAUCGCUCUCACCGAGGCCCAUUUUCAUCCUGACUAUCUCGUGUUAGACUUUGAAAGCACCUAAUCCCCAAAGCCCUCCAGAAAAUUUCGGGUGACUUAUUUUGCCUUUCCCAUACGAACGGCCUGCCUUCUAGUCGGAGAAACUAGGCCUGACAUCAUUAUAAAAUGCAAGCAGCCUCAGAAACAGCCACAGGAAAUACGUCUUGUGAAGCUGUUCAUUUUCCCCUCUCAUGUUGUGCCUACGACUGUCCCGAUUCUUCAGCUGGAGUUCACAGGAAUCUGGAAAAUUAUAAAGGUUUUUUUAGACCUGGAGGCUUGCAUUCUAACACUUAAUGGGUGUUCUUUUUGUCCCCUUAUAGCCAAUCGACUUCGGCCAAGAAGGAGAGUGGGAAUACGUCCAGCGUGAAGAUUACGCCCUGCGUGGAGGGUGAUGAGCCACAGCCUUCGUCAACGCCAAUGGCCACCAGUGUCUCAUCGUGA